GCGCCGGGGCUGCAGGGCGCCGGGCCGCCGCCCCGCACGCUCCCGGGCCCCCCGCCACCCCUAUGAGAGAAGGAGAAGCCGGGCGAAGGAGCAGGACGCUCGGCAGUUGGACUCCGCCGCAAGCCCGGAGCGCCCCCUCCGCCCGCGCCCCGCCGGCGCCCGCGAAGCGAGAUGCAACCGCCGCGCUCCGGCUGAAAAGGGAAGGGGCCGGCGCCACCCGCUCGCUCGGAAGCCGGUCCCCGCGGCGGCUGCGCGUCCCGGCCGCGGCCCCCCGGGCCCGGGAGUGAACAGGAGCGGGAGGAGGAGAAGGAGGACAAGCGGCCGGCCCGGCGUUGGCCGGGGCUGGGGAGGAGGGACGGCGCGGGGGGCGCGCGCGGGGGGCGGGGAGGGGGCCCCGGCGGAUAAAGAUGGCACUGUCUCUCAUCCAAGCGUGCCGCAGCCUGGCUCUCUCAACAUGGCUGCUUUCCUUUUGUUUCGUGCAUCUGCUCUGCCUGGACUUCACCGUGGCCGAGAAGGAAGAAUGGUACACCGCCUUCGUGAACAUCACCUACGCCGAGCCCGCGCCGGACCCCGGGGCCGGGGCGGCGGGCGGCGGCGGCGGCGGCGGCACCGCCGCCGAGCUGCACACCGAGAAGACCGAGUGCGGGCGCUACGGGGAGCACUCGCCCAAGCAGGACGCCCGCGGGGAGGUGGUCAUGGCCAGCUCGGCCCACGACCGCCUGGCCUGCGACCCUAACACCAAGUUCGCCGCCCCGGCCCACGGCAAGAACUGGAUAGCCCUCAUCCCCAAGGGCAACUGCACGUACAGGGAUAAGAUCCGGAACGCGUUCCUGCAGAACGCCUCCGCCGUGGUCAUCUUCAACGUGGGCUCCAACACCAACGAGACCAUCACCAUGUCCCACGCAGGUGUAGAAGACAUCGUGGCAAUAAUGAUUCCUGAGCCCAAAGGGAAGGAGAUAGUGAGCCUGCUGGAGAGAAACAUCACCGUGACAAUGUACAUCACCAUUGGAACCCGGAACUUGCAGAAAUACGUGAGCCGCACCUCGGUUGUGUUUGUCUCCAUCUCCUUCAUUGUUCUGAUGAUCAUUUCCCUCGCCUGGCUGGUCUUCUAUUAUAUCCAGAGGUUUCGAUAUGCAAAUGCCAGGGACAGGAACCAGCGCCGACUGGGAGAUGCAGCAAAGAAAGCAAUCAGCAAGCUCCAGGUCAGGACCAUCAAGAAGGGUGACAAGGAAACCGAGCCUGAUUUUGACAACUGUGCAGUUUGUAUUGAAGGGUACAAGCCCAACGAUGUGGUCCGGAUCUUGCCCUGCCGGCAUCUUUUCCACAAGUCCUGUGUUGACCCCUGGCUCCUAGACCAUCGCACCUGUCCCAUGUGCAAGAUGAACAUUCUUAAAGCCCUAGGGAUCCCGCCCAAUGCCGACUGCAUGGACGACUUGCCCACUGACUUCGAGGGAUCUCUGGGAGGUCCGUCAACCAACCAGAUCACCGGCGCAAGCGACACAACCGUAAAUGAAAGCUCAGUCACUUUGGACCCUGCUGUCCGGACCGUGGGAGCCUUGCAGGUGGUCCAGGAUACAGAUUCCGCCCCGCAGGAGGGAGAAAUCAUCUUCACCACCAACAGUGAGCAGGAGCCAGCUAUAAGCAGUGAUUCUGACAUCUCGCUGAUCAUGGCAAUGGAGGUUGGACUGUCUGAUGUAGAACUUUCCACGGACCAAGACUGCGAGGAGGUGAAAUCUUGAAAUGGCGAAUAUAGAAAAAAGGGGUUAUAGGACCCAAGGGGAAGGAAGGGAGGAGUGCCCCAAGACUGGACCAGGCACGUGCCCCUCCAGAACACCUUGGCAACGCCAGGGCACUCCACACAAGAAUGGUACCGAAAAGCAAUAUCCAAAGUCACGUUCAUCAGGAUGCAGUUUCUCCGUCUCUACAACAGCUCAUGGCCUUGGCACCUUUGAAGUUGAAAGCUGAUUUUCUUUCCCAUGUCCUUGUAGACACACACUUCCGAAGUUCCUCAAACAGACGGAAAAGACACUUUUAGGGCUUCUUAGUUUCAUUUCAGUUUCUUGUUUUCCUAUUUGGGGAAUGUUGUUGAUUUCUUUGGCGCUUUCUUUUUAAGGACUAUGUGUAGUUUAUGUUCACUCUUUUGUUUUUCCUUUGAUUCACUCCAGCUUUUGUACAGAGUUCUGUUUAGAAGCAUCAGUUCCUGCUAUGACCAGUUUGUAUUCCAUCUCUGAGAUUAAUGGCCUUGACCUCUCAGCAUGAAGUGUGCAUGGCUUUAGGAAGUGCCUCAGCACCUUGAAACAGUCUAAGGCCAGCUUUCAUUUAGAAUCUAAAUUCUUUUAAGUGGAUCUUGGAAAUGCCAGCUGCCAGAGACCCCAACACCAAGCUCUGAAUCUGCUGAGGCCACUGCUCAUUUUUUUCAGCUACAUACACUGGCUUCCACUUGCCAGGCUCUGUUAAGGACCCACGUGACUUGAGAAGGAAGCUCUAGGGAGGCACUUCAAUCCGUCUGAUUCUUAACAGUCUUUGGCUGAAAUUCUGAACUCACAAGUUCCCACUAGGGCAUUAGCACCAUUCUCUGUGGCUGUAGGGCUUGUCCAUCACUGGGACUGCAAGCCCAAGCCUAGUUUUCAAACCAGAUACCAUAUACUCUUCCUGAAAGCAAAAUGUCUGUUUCCCCAAGGCUACAGCAGUCUUUUGUUACCUCCACAAAUGGGUUCUGCAGGAGAUGGAAGCUUUAGAAAAGAUCCAGUCGUCUUUGGAUCCAACACAGUGAGGGCUGCAGUAGCAUCUAGGUCUUACCUUAAUUCCAAUAUGCUUCUGUUCAACCUCGCCAGACCUCGAGGGAGGAUUUAGGUAAAUCCUUAAGAAAUUGCUUCCCAGGGCUCCCCUGAGUGCGUCUAGAUACCAAGUGGGAGGGGAGGUGUGAUUUGAUAAACCAUUUGAUCUAAAAAGUACAGCAUGGGAGUUGUUGAUGUCAAGUUUCUCCUGACUGAGAGAGACAAAGAGGGAAAGGAAACGAGGUAUCAAAGUGAAUUCUAAAAACCCACCGGUGUUUUUAAACUGUUUGUUUUUAUUCUUUUUUUGACAGAGGUGUGCUAUUUUUUUCAGUGGGCAAUUCUGUAAUACAUUGAGACUCUCAGGAUGCAGGGAUGACUAAGGCAGUGUGAAUAGCUUCUCUGGACCAUUAGAUGGAUCACCUCGACAUCCGCGAAAGGCCAUGCUGCCGCGUGGGUUACCUGGGAGAGAAAGCUUCUCUCACUGAGUUAUUUAUGUAUGUGAUGAGGCCCUUCUGUCUCACUACAUGCAUACUCAUGCAAAAACAGAGUUUUGUUCUGCUGUAAGAGCUUGCUGCCUGCUGGAACACGGUGUAUGUGUCAAGGGAGACCCCUGGCUGCUCUUUUUUCACCACCUUGAACAAUUUCCUAUUUGACGCUUUCUAAGUAGGCAGCAAGGCAAGGAAAAUGAUCACCACCUUCACAAAUGUCACAUCUCUCUAGGAGUCCAACACUUGCAGUAAUGAAAUCCAGGGUCUCCAGGCAGGGAGACAUGAAGGCAGUGCCAAAUCAGGAGUCAGGAGGCGUAGAUGAGCAGCGUGCUUGCUGGGCCUUGGCUUCUCCAUCUGUAAGUGACAGAGAUUAACAAGAUGUUGCCCAAGCCUCUUUCUGGUCUUAGGACCACGAAUGAGCAUUUUGCCGGGGGAUCCAUUUUUGACAGAGAGCUAUGACAUAUAGCAGACUCUCUACGUUGGGGAGGCACAGUUACUUGACAUGUAACGUAUAACAGCUUUGGGGAUUUGGCACUCUUGCGUGGCUGAGACUCUCUAAAUGACUGAACUUUAAGUGCAAGUAGGAGUUGUUUUGUUUCGCCUUGUUUUAAAAACCACACUUAGGGCUUCCCUGGUGGCUCAGUGGUUAAGAAUCCGCCUGCCAAUGCAGGGGACACGGGUUCGAGCCCUGGUCCGGGAAGAUCCCAUAUGCCGCGGAGCAGCUAAGCCCGUGCGCCACAACUA